GUUUGGGGGAAAAUUAAAUGGGACCUGAUUUUAGAAAUAAGUUUUGUCUGUUUGCCUCAUUGACCUCUUCUUCGAUCUAUCAUGGCUGCCGCGUGAGAAAGGUGUAUGCUGUAGAGUUUUCUGUGCUUCUCUUAUUCUACUUAAUGGUACUUUACUUUGCUUUUAUUUGUCUAUUCACACAAGUUAUAUAGCCUUACAAAUGUUAAUGUAAAACACAGUGCAGUGUGGAUUGAUUUCUCAUAUGCAAAUGUAUGUAUACUUUUUUUCUGCAAAGUAACAUGAUCACAAUUAUUUGUUAAUAUAACAAAAUGACAUUGUAAAUGUGUAAUUAUUCUUUAUGGUAACAAUGACAACUUACUGGUAAUGCAAUAUACUCAACUAUGUAGCAAGACUUCUUGUGCAAACAUUUAUUCAAACCUUAUGAUGGGUAUUAAAGUAAGUAUGACAGUUAUGGUUGUGUGAGGCAUUGUAUUUUUCCCUUGGCUGUUUUUCAGAGUACCAGACUGAAGCCUUCAGAAUUGAAAUUACUUCAGAUCGUAACAGUCAACUUCAAACCGCCGAGACAUGGCGGAAGGGAACGUACGGCCGCUCCAGUGUGGCGAGGAAGUUGAGCAAGCUUCUAUACUGGAGUACGCUGGGUAUCCAGCAGACGAGGCCGCGUCGUUAGACACCCUACAGGCGAGACACACCGCAGAGAGCCGGCUCUUCAUUGGCUACUUCGAAAACGAAAAGCUGUUAGGUUUCGUCUGUGCCACGAGCACUGAUGCAGAUCGCUUAACCGAAGAGUCCAUGCACACCCACAUACCUCAUGGUGAAACAAUCUGCAUACAUUCUGUAUGUGUUGACCAAGGUGUACAGCGUCAAGGAAUAGCGACUAAACUACUGAAGGAGUUUGUUCACAAAGUGAAAGGUAGUUUUCCCGAGGCUAAGAGAAUAUGUCUGCUAUGUCACGAGUAUCUGAUCCCUUUGUACACCAAGGCAGGGUUCGUUCUAGUCGGGCUGUCAGAAGUUGUGCACGGUAAAGAACCGUGGUAUGAUUGUGUUAUGGAGUUAUGAUCUAUAUUGCACAAUGUACCGUUAAAUAAAGUUGUGUUUGGUAAAAGCAUGUUAAAGUCACAAUAGGGACAACUAUUAGCAAUAAAUCAUGAUCACAUAUCCACGCAGUGUAUAUCAAUCAUUAGCAUCGAUUCCUAUUGGUACAGCCAGAAUGUCAUAAGCCUGGUGUAGAAAACCAACGAGUGAGCAAAGGGAAUGAGGUGGUUAUAUCAAAGGACCACGCGUUUUUUCUCUAGGUGUAUAUGGUAUAAGUUUAUGGUAAAAAGCUCGCUCAGUCGGUGCGUGAUGCAGUGACCACUUCACUUACUCUGUGGUUCAUUUGGUGCCUAUGUGUCAUUGGUCAGGCGUUAUAUCAACGUUAACACUAUGGAAAAAUUGGGUCUUACUUUACCUUAUAAUUACUUAAAAGUGGGUCCUUAAUCAAAAUAAAUCAUAUAGACUGUGGUAUGAGCCCAAAGCAGAUGUGACGGAAAACCAUUCAGCCCUUCCGACAACAGUGGGUCCGUAAAAAUUUUCUACCACAUUCCCAAACAAUGGCCAUUGAAAGACUGUUU